AUGAGCUACUAUGGCAAUUACUACAGAGGCCUGGGCUACAGCCGUAGAGGCUUUGGUGGCCUAGGCUAUGGCUACGGCUGUGGAUAUGGCAGCUUCUGCCAACUGGGCUAUGGCUGUGGCUGUGGAUAUGGCUCUGGCUUUGGAGGCUAUGGAUAUGGCUGCUGCUAUCCAUCAUGCUAUGGAGGAUACGGAUUCUCUAAAUUCUACCCUGAGGACCCAACAUCAGAGGUCAUAAAAACAUUCAAAUUAACCAAAUAUUGA